UCACCCAGGGCUCCUUGUGAGCACAGGGACACCCAGCUCAGCCUUGCAGGGAGAAGAAGAGCUGGGAUCUUCCCCGAGCACUUUCCCCCUUGGAACAGCUUUGCCAAAAUUCGGGACAAGUCAGAGCCAGCGAUUGGAGCUGGAAUUCUUUGGCCCCAAGGGUUAACACGGCUGAGCAGCACCGCACCUUGCUUUGAGAAAAGGGAGGGAAAAAAUCCCUGCUAACCUGGACAAAACAGGUUUUUAAUGAAAGCAGCACUUAAUCACUAUUCAGGGAAUUCAGAGCGGGGGACAUCUGAUGCAAACAGAGUUGGCUGAAACUCUCCCGCACCGGCUCCCUCUUUGUCCCCCCGUGAGCCGGGGAAUGGGUGUGAUCUCCGGGUAGGAGUGUCUCUGCGGUUAAGUAGAGGAUUGAAUUACCGAGCAGUGCUGUUCCCCGGCUGACAAGGUAGCAGAGCAGUGAACAAAAGUGCCUUGGAAGUCGGCGGAGAGGAGGAGAGGGAGCUGGGCUUGGAGGAGAAGGGACACCUGCGAGGACAGCGCGCACUUCAGCAAGCUCAGCCUGCAGGAUGACAGACGGUGACACAAACCUCCCAAGCAUCGAGAGGAAGCUGGGACUGCAGAUAUGGGGCAUAGAGAACAUGAAGAUGGUUCCUGUACCUGAGAAAGCUUAUGGGACUUUUUUUGAAGGAGACUGUUACAUCAUUUUGCAUACCAAAAGGACCUCCCGUGGCACGGCCGUGGAUCUGCACUACUGGAUAGGCAAGGACUCCUCCCAGGACGAGCAGGGAGCUGCUGCUGUGUACGUGACACAGCUGGACGCGGCGCUCGGGGGCAGCCCCGUGCAGCACCGCGAGGCGCAGGGACACGAGUCCGAGACCUUCCAGAGCUACUUCCGCAACGGCAUCAUCUACAAGAAGGGAGGAGUGGCCUCAGGGUUUAAGCACGUGGAGACCAACAUGUACAACAUCAAGCGUCUUCUUCACGUCAAGGGCAAGAAGCACGUGUCAGCCACAGAGGUAGCACUCUCCUGGGACAGUUUCAAUAAGGGAGAUGUUUUCCUGCUGGACCUCGGUAAGGUGCUGAUCCAGUGGAAUGGACCCAGCUGCAGCAUUGCUGAGAAAUCCAGGGGUCUUGCUCUGGCUCGGAGCAUCAGGGACAGCGAGAGGGGCGGCCGUGCUCAGAUUGGCAUCAUUGACAACGAGAGGGACUCCCCAGACCUGAUGCAGAUCAUGAGGAUGGUGCUGGGCGAGAGGCGCGGCGAGCUCCGCGACGCCGUCCCCGACACCAAAGCCGACGAGCUGCAGAAAGCCAACGUCAGGCUCUACCAUGUCUAUGAGAAGGACAAUGACCUGGUGGUGCAGGAGAUCGCCACGCGGCCCCUGACGCAGGAUCUGCUCCAGCACGAGGACUGCUACAUUUUAGACCAAGGUGGCUUCAAAAUUUAUGUCUGGAGAGGAAAAGCCUCCAGCCCAGAAGAGAAAAAAGCAGCAUUCACUCGAGCUGUGGGUUUUAUCCAAGCCAAAGGCUACCCUUCAUCCACCAACGUUGAGGUGAUCAAUGAUGGGGCAGAGUCAGCCAUGUUCAAACAGUUGUUCCAGAGGUGGACAGAAAAGAACGAGACACAAGGGCUGGGCAAGGUCUACACUACAGGCAAAAUUGCCAAGGUGGAGCAGGUGAAGUUUGACACCACCCAGCUCCACGCCAGGCCUGAGCUGGCAGCUGAGCAGAGGAUGGUGGAUGAUGCCUCCGGGGAGAUUGAGGUGUGGAGGAUUGAGGAUUUGGAAAUGCAGCCAGUCAAUCCCAAGAUGUACGGGCAGUUCUACGGGGGUGAUUGCUACCUGGUCCUGUACACCUACCUGAGGUCAGGCAGACCCCACUACGUCCUCUACAUGUGGCAGGGCCGCCACGCCUCCGUGGAUGAGAUCACUGCCUGUGCCCUCAAUGCCAUCGAGCUGGACAGGAAACACGGGGACGAGGCCGUGCAGGUGCGGGUGACAAUGGGCAAGGAGCCCAGGCACUUCCUGGCCAUCUUCAAGGGCAAGCUGGUCAUCUACGAGGGCGGCACGAGCCGGGCUCAGAGGAGCAGCCCCGAGCCAGCAAUCCGCCUCUUCCAGGUGAGGGGCACGGAUGAGGUGAACACAAAGGCCACAGAGGUGCCAGCCCGAGCCUCCUCCCUCAACUCCAACGAUGUCUUCCUGCUGGCCACCAGCCAGGUCUGCUACCUGUGGUGUGGGAAGGGAUGCAGCGGAGAUGAGCGGGAGAUGGCAAAAAUGGUGGCUGACAUCGUUUCCAGGCGGGACAAACACACCAUUCUGGAAGGACAGGAGCCUGCAGAGUUCUGGGAAGCUCUGGGAGGCAAAGCACCUUAUGCCAGUGAAAAGAGGUUCCAGGAGCAGGUGACACACUACCAGCCUCGCCUCUUUGAGUGCUCCAACCAGACAGGUCGGUUCAUCAUGACGGAGGUGGUCGGGUUCUGCCAGGAGGACCUGGAUGAAGACGAUGUCAUGCUGCUGGACACAUGGGAAGAGAUUUUCCUUUGGGUUGGCAAAGCCUCCAAUGCCCAGGAGAGGAACGAGGCCAUUGCCUCAGCUAAGGAGUAUCUCAAGACCCAUCCAGCUGGGAGGGACCUGGCAACUCCCAUCAUCCUGGUGAAGCAGGGCUAUGAGCCCCUCAACUUCACAGGAUGGUUCAACGCUUGGGACCCCUACAAAUGGAGUGAUGGCAAAUCCUACGAGGAAAUGAAGAACAGCUUGGGAGAUGUGUCGGCCAUAUCCGAGAUCAAAGUGGACCUGAACAACCUCAGCCUGAACAAGAGAACCCUCAGCACGACCAGCCUGGCUGGUUCAGCCACAGCAAAUGCCUCCUCGGAGUACAAAUCUCACUUCAGCCACGGCGACAGCAACAGCAACAGCUACAACAGCAACAACUACAACAGCCACAGCCACAGCAGCCCUGCCAUGGUGCCCAACGGGGAAGGGAUUUACUCCCGAGAGGUGCUGAUGCACAGGACGGUGGAUGAGCUUCCCGAAGGCGUGGAUCCCACUAAAAAAGAGUGCUAUCUCUCCGAUGCUGAUUUCCACGAUAUCUUUGGGAAGUCCAAGGACGAGUUCUACCAGAUGCCAAAAUGGAAGCAGCAGAACGAGAAGAAACAAUUUGGACUCUUCUGAGACUGCAGGGGGCAUGUGGUGACUCUGGGACCAGCCCCUGCUCCCUUAGGAGCUGCAGGAAAGAAGUGCAGGCAUUUCCUCAGUGAUCCCAACCCAGCACACCCAUCCAACGCAGUUAUUCCAGCAGCCACUGUUCAGGGCAUGGCUCCUUUCUCCCUGCAAACCCAGAGCCCCAGGAGGAAAAACGUUUUUCAGGAGCAGCUUGACAAGAUGUUUUUGCCUCUUUCUGACACUUUAAUGCUGAUAGCCAUGAAGACAAGUACGUGCCACACAACUGCAUUGUAGCCUCAUCUUUCCUCUCCCUUUUUGCAAAUUGCCACAUGCACGAGGCCAUGAUCUUCCUUCAUUUGUAGAAGUUUAAAGUUAGUCAAGACAAAGGCCAUUUGCAGCUGCUGUAUGAAUUCUGGGGUGGGAGAGGAUGGGGAAGCCCUCAGAGGAUGGAGGAGGAGCCUUGAGGUCAGGAAAAAGCCAGAUGCCUGAUGAGGAACUCUGUGGAGUGACACCAGACAGUUCUGCCCUUUCUCACCUUGUAGAACAACUGCUCACCAAAAAACAGCAAAAAUCAGUUCUAGAUUAACAUGCAUAGCCCAGGGCAGGUAAAACACAUAACAACCUGGUUUGGAGAAAAAAGCACUUAUUAUGAGCAUAUUUAUUGGCAUAUUAUUAGUUUCUAGAGGAUGACACUGAAGGUUAGACACAAAUAUCGAUUUUUGACUGCCAGACAAGAUUCUGUCUAUAUUUUUUCUCAUUCAGACAGCAUCUGCAAUCUCACCUGGCCUCCCUGACUGUGGCCAGGUGAAUGUCAGAGUCCACCUGGCCACAGACCAGAGGCUUGAGGAAGCCAGGUGGGUUUUGGGUAUGACCUGAGGCAGAGGGUGUCCUACUGCAGCUUUUAUCAGGGCUCCAUCCCUGUGAUGUCCGUGGGGCUGAGAGUGCUGGUUCCACACUGUGGGAUCAGUCUGACUGGGGAGGGCAGUGGGAAAUGUGAGCAAUCAGUGAUUAUGGGAUAAAACUGUAAACUAAAGGAAGAAACACCACCUUAAAAACUCAGAUAGUGUGGGUUUGCAGCUUUACUCCAUUUCCAACCUGAUCAGUAAUUCCGAAUAAACAUCCAGCAGCACUGUAAGUGUCCUUGAUCAGCGUGGGAGGUGGGAUGGCAGCAGAUAAAAAGCUCUGCAGGGCCACAGAUCCUUCAAACACCUGGUCAUCAAUGGAAUUUUGGAUUUUUUUGAAAAGAGCAAACUGAGGAGGUGGGGCCCCUUCUGUUCCCAAGCUCCAGGUAGCUCAGGCCAUUUGUCCCCCCAUGCCCAUGUACCCUGCUCCUGAAGCCCUUGUUGGCAGCAGUACCUGGCAGUUCAGCAGCUGGCCUGACUGCCCAGCCCUGCUGCAGGGGUGUGGGCAUGGAGCUGGGGAGCUCCAGGCUGUUAAAUGAGGAGCAAAGAGCUCUCACUCAACAUCCAGAACCACAUCAUUGUGCAGAAGUGUCACAGUCUGGCUGGGGUGGAGAACUUUGUGUUUAAGAAUUGGUAGUUAAAUAAACCCCAAGCCCGUUGUUUGGUCCCUGUUCCUACCACCACUUCAUCCCAUUUCUGCUUGAGAGUCCAGCCCAAAACCCACUGGAACGCCCUGUGCAGAGUAAGUUAAGCACCAAGCAGAGACACAAAUCAGCUGAAUUACCUGUGAUUGCUCCUGUUGUGUUCACAAGAGAUGCAAUCAGUGCACAUUACCCAUGUUUCAACCUCUGUUGGCCCUGCUGGAAUCAGCAAUAUUUGCCUUGCCUCGUUGAGGAGUGCUGCUGCCAGCUCCCAAAUUAAUGACUUGUAUGUGCUCCUCAGUAAGAUGCAGGAAUGCCACCUACCUGUGGCCCUAAUGAGCUCCACAUAAUCACAAUACCAGCCAAAAUACAGUCAGAUUAUAGAGAUUAGGCCAGCUUGCUGCAAAGUCCUUUAAUUCCUGUGGCCACCACACUCACCAACAGGAGUGGAGUGCUCCUGCCAGCACUCAGGAACCAGCCUGGGAUUUCACAGACCACGGAGCCUUCUGAUACCUGGGCCUGAUGGAAACUGCUGCUGCACUCCUCUUCUCAUGGGGGAGUUGCUUUUACUCCCACCUCUGAUUUCUGAGAGAUCCUCUCCCUCCUCCUCCCUUUGGUGCCUUUUGCUGGGAUGUUGGUGGCCAUGUCCUGUUUCUGCUGCUCUUUUCCUCAGAGCUCUUCCCUCCAGUGGGGCUCCAGCACUUUCUGAUCUGUUCAGAGAUGAGUUCAUGUGAUAACAACAUGGACAUGUCCCUUCCUUUGGGGAGAGAGACCUUGCAGCAUUGUCACCAUGCCCUGCCCACCCCAUCUCCAUCUCAGCUCAUUUCCCACCUGGCUAGAGUAGCUUUCCCCAGCUGUUCCUAUUUGAUAAGGGAUGUGUUUUCAUCCUAUGGAUCUUGCCUAUCUUUAAGUGCAAAACAAGCAGAGAAAAACCCAGCCUCUCUGUGCAAUCCAUCCAAGCCCACCCUGACCCUGGACCUCCACUUCUCUAGUGCUGGCCACAUCAGACAGGUGAGGGCUUUAGCUCAGUGAUCCAAUUGAAAUCCAACCCUGCCACCCAAAAAAUGCAAGUAAUAAAUUCACAGCCAACCCAGCAGGCUGAUCUGACCUCACAGAGGAACAGAAUCACAGCAUGGUUUGCAUUGGGAGGGACCUUAAAGAUCAUUCAAUUCCAACCUCCUGCCAUGGACAGGAACACCUUCCACUAUCCCAGGUUGCUCAGAGCCCCUGCCAAAGUGGCCUUGAACAUUCCCAGUGAUGGGGCAUCCACAGCUUCUCUGGGAAACCACUUCCAGUGCCUCGCUGCUCUCACAGGGAAGAAUUUCUUUCUAAUUUUCCCCACAAGAGCUGGUGUUGAUACGAGUGAGGGGGCAGGAACAUUUCUUACCACCUUCACCUCUGCUUUUCAUCCCAUGGCUCCCUAAAACAAAGUGCUGAUAGCACACUGGCAGCAGGGACCAAACUCAGGCUGUUUGGGAGUCAAGGAUGUUCCAUCCUUGGCCUUCAAAUGUGUCCCCAAAACGUGCCCCAUCCAGAGGUGACCUGGGAGAGCUCGUGGCACUGCAGGGCCCCCUGCUCUGCCUCACUGCCACUCUAGAGCUCUUCCAGCUGGCUGGUUGUUAAUGCAAUAUCAGCCCUUGAGGUGUGGGUUUAAUUCACAUUUAAUCUGGCAAUGGUUUACAUCACACAGUAUUGUAGUCAAGAGGAAAAAUCAAUGUGUCCAGCAAUGUUUACUGCAGCAUAACAAACUCCAGGGAGGGCUAAAAGAAACCCAGCUUUGCAGAGGGCCUAAGAAUCACUAAAUCCAGGCUAUUUUGGACUAAAAAGAUAAGAUGACCAGAGUAUGCUUAAAAGGACAUUAACAUCUUUGGUAUCAGCCCCUUGUCUUCACCACCAGGGAUCAAAACCCCCACGAAUCCUGAUAAUUUAAGAAAUCAAGCAGGUCUAUCUCCAAAUUCAUGCAUGCUGCAUUCAAGUAGGACAGAGAGGCAAAUAGUGACAAGUAAUUGAACGCUUCCAGAAUUUGUUUUAAACUUUUAAUAGUCUAACAUACUGUUAGCAACACAGUUGGCACUUCAAAAUAUAUAUUAUUUUAUUUCAACAAUAUUCCCUUAACUCUGUAGUUCUACUUGAAGACAAAUCACUGCUUGCCAUAAAUACUGUGUUGUUCUCAAAACAUUCUCGUGCUGGGUUACCUCUGCAGUGCAACUGGGACCUCCUAGCACUUACAACAUUUACUUCCUCUCUGUUAAAAAAUGACAUUUUUUCUGUAAAAACACAAACAAAGUUUCACUGUAUUAAAAAAAAAAAAAGAAGAAGAAAAAAA